ACAUUAUAAAACUAUGGCAAGGAACAUCCAAACGGAGCUAUGAUGGAGUAAUAAGAAAAAACGGAGAGGAAAAUGAAAAUAAUUUAUGUAACCAUAAGUUGUAAAAUCGAGCUGACAAUAUUUCGCCCAUACAACGGGGAGAGUAAAUCAAGUGCCUUAUUAUUCAUAAUACAGAUUAAUAUCAUAUUUUUUUCAAAGUUGAUCGUAAAUCUCUGGUAAUCUUUUCUAUCUUGGAGAUGGUUAUAAACCAUAUUCUCGAUAUGAAAUCAUCAGGAAAAUGUGGCAUCUGAGCAUAACAGUGGUAGCUCAACCAGAAGCUAAAUCUCUUUUUGGUUUUUUGGGUUGAAUGGAUGUAAUCUCUGAGGAACCAACUCGAGAGAACACAACAGACAGAUUUCCUUUGCUGAUGGAACAAGCACAAAGUCACAAGAGGAAUGAAUAUGCUAUCAAUAUAGAACAAAGAGGUGAUCCUUCAUCAUCAGGCUUAACUGUCAACAAUUCUCCUCGUAACUUGGAAACACUCAGCAGUGAAGACAGACCAACAAAUCGACAUUCCCCUUCUAUAUCGAAUGGAUCAAAUUCUCAAAGCCCUUCUAUCACAAGGAGAAGUGAAGGUUUUGGUCGUCGCUGGAGCCCUGUUAACACUUUGUUGUGGAUUUCUAUUGAGCUAGUAUUCACCUUAGGACAAAUUGUUGCAGCUGUUGUUGUUUUGUCCUUGUCUAGGCAUGAAAAACCUCGAACCCCAUUAUUUGCCUGGGUUGUGGGUUAUACAGCUGGUUGUACAGUAAGCCUUCCACUCUUGUACUCGCGUUAUCUUCACCGUUAUCAAGUCGCUGAUCAGAGGUCAUCUCAACAGCGUCAAGGUUCACCCCGGGUCAAUUCCACGGCAGAACCAAAUUCUUACAUAACUAUCUCUUUAACUCGCUCUUCAGAUGAGGAGGAUGCCCGUAACAGAUCUACAGACAUUUGGACAAGGCAAAGCAAUCCAAGGCUAGGUUCACUGUUGGAUUAUGUCAAAAUGGCCUUGGAUUGUUUCUUUGCGGGUUGGUUUGUUGUUGGCAAUAUUUGGAUCUUUGGAGGGCACUCAUCUGCUUCUGAGGCUCCCAAUUUGUACAGAUUAUGUAUAGUUUUUCUUAUCUUUAGUUGCAUUGGGUAUGCUAUGCCUUUCAUCCUGUGCGCAAUGAUAUGUUGUUGCCUUCCUUGUAUCAUUUCAAUCCUUGGUGUUCGUGAGGAUAUGUAUGGAAUGAGAGGGGCAACAGAAGAAUCCAUCAACGCUCUUCCUACACAUAAGUUUAGUGGAAGUGACAAUGCUGGAGAUGGAAUUUCACGAGGGGAUCAAGGUGGUUAUAUAGCAGCAGGAACAGAGAAAGAACGUGCCAUUUCAGGGGAAGAUGCGAUCUGCUGUAUUUGCCUCUCAAAUUAUGAGGACAAUGAUGAGCUGAGGGAAUUGCCUUGCUUGCAUUACUUCCAUAUCCAGUGUGUGGAUAAAUGGCUAAAGAUAAAUGCAUCUUGCCCCCUCUGUAAAUUUGAAAUUGGCGUCGAGAAUGAAAAUCCACCUUCUGUAUUGGUAACCGAGCAAUAAGUCUUGAUCAUUGAAGAAUCCAAAACUUCUGGUGCUACAAAUGCAGUUGCCUUGGUGCAUUUGCUGAACAAAGGAGAAAAUUUCACAGCUUGAUUGUUACUUCUCUUGUUGUUUCGGCAAUGAUAUCCUGCUUGUACAUUUCUAAUUGAAAUAAAAGGUUUUGGUUCCAUUUUGUUCAAAAAAAUCUGUACCAAGAGUGGGUGCUGUACAAAGAUGUUUGCUGGAUUCUCAUAGUUGAGUUCAUAUUCUCAUAGUUGAGUUCAUUCAGUCCAGAAAUCCAACUUUUUCUUGUACCCCUUUUGAUGACCAUUUCCUUUUGAGGUGUUUGUUAUUGUAGGAUAUCAAUAUUGGGUGUUCCCGCAGCACUCUUCUUUGUUUCAUCCAGAUCUAUAGUCAGUCGAUCAGCUUUGGAAUUACAA